AUGAGCUUUAUGAGUUGGAAUGCUCAAGGUUUGGGGGGUCCUCGAGCAUUCAAUCGUCUCUCCCAGUUGGUCAAGAAUCAUCGGCCAAAUGUUCUUUUUUUGAUGGAGACUAGGUUGAAGGCUCUUUUUGUUGAUAAGUUUAGGCAGACUUUAGGUUUUGUGUCUGGUUUUGAAGUCCCAAGACAGUAUUUUGGUGGGGGGCUUCUUCUUUUAUGGGGAGAUGAUGUUAAUAUUAAUGUCUUAAACUCUUCUUCUAAUCAUAUUGACUGUAUUGUAAAUAUUAAUGAUAAUAUAUGGCAUUUUACUUGCUUUUAUGGCUCUCAUGUUAGUUCUUUUAAGCAUGUUACUUGGAAAUUAUUGUGUGAUCUGUAUUCUAAUGCUCCUAAUCUCCCCUGGCUGGUCAUGGGGGACUUUAAUAGUUAUUUGUACAGUUCUGAUAAGAUAGGAAGUGAUAAUCUUGAUACUUCUUCUAUGUCUCUGUUUGCUGAUUUUUUGACUAACUUUAGUAUGUUUCCUGUUCAGUUUCUAGGAAAUAGGUACACUUGGUCAAAUAAAACCAUUUAUGAAAGAUUAGAUUGGGUAGUGGUGUCUGAUUCUUGGAGUGAUUUUUAUCCUAAUCAUAGUCUUCAGCAUCUAGGUUUUUAUGGGUCUGACCAUCGUGUUCUUAAGUUAAGUUUAGCUCCCACUAAUGCAAAUUAUACCACUCCUAGGACUAGGCGUUUCCGUUUUGAGAAUAAUUGGCUGGAGGAUCCCUCUUUUUAUAAUGUGGUCAAAAAUGCCUGGAGCAACUCUUUGGUCCCCUGUUCAACUCAAGGGAAUAAUAGCUCUCUUAUAGGGACAAUAAUCUCCACUUUAAAAACCAGAAUUCAACAUCUUACUCAUGAAAUUGAUAUGAUUCAGGAUAAGAUGUUUUUAAAUGAUGAGGAUAGGGCUCGUUUAGCUCGAUUACAAUCUUUGCUUGAUGCUCUGCUUUACAAAGAGGAGAUUUAUUGGAAACAGAGGGCUAGAGGGAGUGAUAUAGAGGCUGCUGCCUCUAUUUUUGAUUGUUUAGGCUCUGGGCUCACUGACCAGGAUGUGGAGAGUCUUUCUCAACCCUUUGUUGCUGAGGAAGUCAAGAGAGCUGUUUUUCAGCUUUCUGGGGACAAGGCUGUAGGGUUAGAUGGUCUUAAUGCCUUUUUCUAUCAGAAAGACUGGUCUGUUUUGGGUAAUGAUUUUACUGCAGCUGUUUUGGACUGUCUCAACAAGGUCAUCUCAAAAGUUUUGGCCAAUCGUUUAAAACGUGUUCUUGACAGUGUAAUUUCCCCUUUUCAGAGUGCUUUUGUUUCUGGUCGUGUUAUUUAUGAUAAUAUUAUUCUUGCUAAUGAGUUAGUUCAUAAUAUAACUAAUAGGAAAGUAGGAAAAAGGGGUUGGGCUGCACUUAAGCUUGAUAUGGUUAAGGCUUUUGACAGGGUUGAAUGGGAAUUUCUAAGGAAUGUUAUGUUUCAUCUUAACUUCCCUGUCCAUUUUGUUUCUCUUAUCUUUAAGUGUUUAUCUUCUGCUGCUAUUUCUUUUUCUGUCAAUGGUGUUAUUAGUGAGCCUAUCAAGCCCAUUAAGGGUUUACGUCAAGGGGAUCCUUUGUCACCUUAUUUGUUCAUUCUCUGUUCUGAGGGUCUUUCUGCUAUUCUUAGCAAUUAUCAGCGUCGAGGCCUCCUCAGAGGCCUUGCAAUUGCUAGGAAUGCCCCUUCUAUUUCUCAUCUUUUGUUUGCGGAUGAUAGCAUACUUUUUUGUUCUGCUGAUCCCACUUCUUGUGCUGCCCUUAAUCAAGCCCUUACUCUUUACUCUAAAGCUUCUGGGCAAAUGAUAAAUUUUGGCAAGUCUUCUAUUUUAUUUUCCCCCAAUACUCAUUCUGGGAUUAAAGAUCUCUUUUUUAGUACUUUUCAUUUGGAGGAUAGGCCGUUUAUCACCAAAUAUUUAGGUUUGCCUCAAUGUCUGUCUAGAUCUAAAUAUCCAGCUUUUUCCUUUCUUAAAGAUCGAAUCUCCAACAUUAUUCAUUCCUGGCAUCACAAAUGGUUUCCGAGGGCAGGAAAGGAAACACUUAUUAAAGCUGUUCUCCAAGCCAUUCCUACCUAUGCCAUGUCCUGUUUUAGAUUACCAACUAAACUUUGUAAGGAAAUUGAGUCCCUAAUUUCAAAAUUCUGGUGGGGUUCCUCGGGGGAUAAUUCGAAACUUCAUUGGAAAAGUUGGGGAACUGUUUGUCAAUCUAAGUUUGUUGGGGGGUUGGGUUUUAGAUCUUUUGUUCACUUUAAUCAGGAAAUGCUUGCUAAACAAGCCUGGCGGGUUCUAAUGUGUCCUCACUCUUUGCUUAGUCAAACUCUAAAAGCUAGGUAUUUUCCUCAUUCUUCAGUCCUUGAGGUAGGCCCUGGUUUUAAUCCUUCUUAUUCCUGGCGUAGUCUCCUUUGGGGGCGUGAUCUAAUGAAGAGAGGGUUAAUUUGGAAAGUUGGUGAUGACUCAAAUAUUCAUGCGAUUCAGGAUCACUGGAUCCCUGGGCUUCGUUAUAAGUUUUAUGCCUCCCCUCCUCCUCCUAACUCAACUCUUUCUUAUUUUCUCUCCCCAUCGGGUGCUUGGAAUUUAGAUAGGCUUAACCAGCAUUUUGACUCCUCCACGGUAACUCAUAUCCUUAAUGUUCCAAUUUCUGGCACAUGUGGAUCUGAUAAUCUCAUCUGGGGUCAAGAAUCUUCAGGGAUUUUGAGUGUAAAGAGUGCUUAUCACCUUGCCUUGACCAACCGUAGUAUAGCUUCGGGUUCUUCUUUUCAUAAUACCAAGCGGUUUUGGACUACAGUUUGGUCUUCAAAUGUUCCCCCUAUAGUUAAACACUUGAUUUGGCGAGUCUUGUCCCACUCAAUUCCUGUUGCUUCCUCUUUAUUUUUUCGACACAUAAUUCCAUCUCCUGUCUGCCCGAUCUGUUAUCAAACCACGGAGACAGUGAAAUAUGCCAUCUUGGAUUGUAAGUAUGCUAGGAAAGCCUGGAAAAAUUCAAGUUUCAUUAGUUUUUAUACUACUAAUUUAUCUAGUUCCAUGGAUAAUUUUUUUGUUGCUGCCUUUGAAACUUUUGAUUCUCAUCAGAUUGCUAUACUCUUUUGUUUUGUUUGGGCAAUUUGGAAUUAUAGCAAUAAAGUGUUUCAUAAUCACAAAAGGCCUUGGCCACAAGAUGUUUUUCAAUCUGCUUGUAAUUUUUUGGAUGAAUUUCAGUUAGCUCGUGCCAAGAACUUCAAGCAGGAGACUGCAACUUCAGAGGGUCAAGAUCUAAUCCCUAUCCCGGUUGUAGGAACCUGGCAGGUUAACACUGAUGCAUCUAUUGAUGUGGCCUCUCAAAAGACUAGUUUAGCUUCAAUUGUCACGGAUGAGUGUGGGAUCAUUAAAGCAGGGUUUAUGCUCCCAUUGCAAGGAGUGCUACCUCCGGAUGUUGCUGAGGCAAAAGCCAUUUUGGCUGCGAUUCAAUGGUUACAAGCUACUAAGCUGCCAGUUUCUAUCCUUCUUUCAGACUGUAAAGUAGUAGUGGACAAAAUUAAUAAUGGUUUUUGUAAUAAUUCUGUUUUAAGUGAUGUAAUUAAUUGUACAAAAGCCUUGCUACCUCAAAGCCCUGGACUCGUUGUUAAGCAUGUUCAUAGGAGUCAUAACAUGUUAGCUCAUGAUCAUGCUACAAUCGGUCUCAGGCUUUUUAGCGAGUGCGUCUGGAAUGGUUGUUUGCCUUCCAGUUAUACCUGUUGA